UCCGAUCGCACUCCUCCCUCGUCCCCAUCUCCCCGCCACCGCCACCGCCGGACCCGUCCUCGCCUCCCGCCACCGCCCCUCUUCCUCGUAUUCUCCGGGCACCGACGCUGCCCCUGCCUCUCAGGAAUAUAGAGGAAGGCCCCCGCCGCAGCCACGCUCCUCCGUCACCGAGGCCAUGGAAGGGGCGGGAGGGCCCGUGGUCGCGGAUCUACGCCGGGACAUUGCGGCGGCGUGCGAGCAGCGGAUCACGCAGGACCGUGCCCACACCAUGGCCACCUAUGCCUUCUCCGACGCCGUCCUCUCCGCUCGCUCGCUCGCCGAGCAUAGCGUCGCGCACCGAGGAACGCGCCUCCCCCGACGUCAUUCCUCUUCCGUUCAGGUGUACAUCAAGAACCAGAAGACAAGGGCGUACUCCAAGCGUUUCCAAGUCCAUUUCAAGAGAAGGCGUUGGGGAAGACCGACUAUAGGGCCAGGCUGAGACCAACCCGGACAAGAACAAGUACAAUACCCCCAAGUACCGUUUUGUUGUGCGAAUUGUAUCCUUCAAAGAUUCUUCAUCAUAGUUUGUGCACUUCUCAAUCAUCUAUAUAUGUUGCUUAUGUUUCUUAUUAUUAC